AUGUCUGCCGAAAUGGACGUCGAUCAGCCCGUCGCGCACGAGGAAGCCGAAGUCCCCGCGCAAUCGGGCGACAAGAGCGUCGACCCGCGAACAGACAGUGGCGCCGUCGCGGUGCGCAGUAUCGAGGGAUGGAUCAUUAUCUGCACUAAUAUCCAUGAGGAAGCGUCUGAGGAGGAUGUCACGGAUUUGUUUGCUGAGUAUGGGGAGAUUAAGAACUUUAAUCUGAAUUUGGAUCGUCGGACGGGUUAUGUUAAGGGCUACGCAUUAAUCGAAUACUCCACCCUCCCCGAAGCCGAAGACGCCAUCAAAGCCCUGAACGGGUCCAAACUGCUCGAGCAGACCAUCGGAGUGGACUUCGCUUUCGUGCGACCACCUCCCACCAACAAGGGCAAAGCCGGCGGACAGCGGGGUGGUCGCGGCGGUGGUGGUGGUGGUGCAGGUGGACGAGGCCGCAGCAGGAGCCGGAGUCGCAGCCCCGGGGCGGACAACGACCGGGAGCGGGAGUGA